GCGGCCGACGCCGGCAGGUGGACGCGGUGGGUGGCGCGGUGCGAGGGCCGCCAGCCGGCAGCGCCUACCGGACGACCCGCCUCCAGACAGCCACCAUGGCCGCCCUCACAGGUUCGCUCUCAGGCGCGCUUCAGCUGGCACUUUUCCUUCUGCUGACACCGCGGUCGCAGGCCUACCCGCAGUUCGGCGACCCCGACAUGACCUUCCCCGGCGAGAACAACAACUUCGCGGAACGGGAGCACGGCGACCUGGUGGUGCGGACUGACAACGGUCUGCUGAAGGGCAUCACGCUGACUGCGGCCACCGGUCGCCAGGUGGACGCCUGGCUCGGCAUCCCCUACGCACAGCCACCACUGGGCAACCUGCGCUUCCGCCACCCGCGACCCAUGCAGGCCUGGCAGGGCGUCCGGGAGGCGCGCACACUGCCCAACUCCUGCUGGCAGAUCAAAGACACCUUCUUCAACGACUUCAUCGGCAGCACCAUGUGGAACGCCAACACGCCGCUGAGCGAGGACUGUCUGUACCUGAACGUGGUACUGCCGCGGCCGAAGCCGAAGCGUCCGGCGGCGGUGAUGCUGUGGAUCUACGGCGGCGCCUACUACAGCGGCUCGUCCACGCUGGACGUGUACGAUCCCAAGAUCCUCUCGUCGGAGGAGAACGUGAUCGUGGUGUCGAUUCAGUACCGCGUGGCCUCGCUCGGGUUCCUCUUCAUGGACCACCCGGCGGCGCCCGGUAACGCCGGCAUGUUCGACCAGCUCAUGGCCAUUCAGUGGGUGCACGACAACAUCGCCGCGUUCGGCGGCAACCCCGACAACGUCACGCUGUUCGGAGAGUCUGCCGGCUCGGCCAGCAUCAGCAUGCACCUGCUGUCGCCGCUGUCGAGACCGCUCUUCAGCCAGGCCAUCAUGCAGUCGUCGACGGCCACCAAUCCUUGGGCGGUACUCGACCGUGAGGAGGCCAAGAAGCGGGGCCUGCGCCUGGCUGAGGCUACGAAGUGUCACGAGUAUGACAAGCAGGACGUGGAGAGCCUCAUCGAGUGUUUACGCCAAGUCCAUCCGAGCGACUUGGUGCAUUCGGAGUUUUUCACCACGGGCAUUUGCGAGUUUGCCUUCGUGCCGGUGGUGGAUGGCACGUUUCUCGUGGAGGAUCCGCACAUAUCGCUCAAAACCGGCAACUACAAACGCACAAACAUAUUGGCAGGUAGCGUCAGCGAGGAAGCAAACUAUUUUCUCGUAUAUUACCUGACCGACUACAUGAAACUCGAAGAGAAUGUUGUGCUAACACGAGAGCAGUUUAUCGAAUCCGUAAGCCAAACGAACCCCUACUUCACGACAACGGCUCGCCAAGCAAUUGCCUUUGAGUACACCAAUUGGGUCAAUCCUGAGGACCCCGAAUCAAACUUGGACGCUGUCGAUAAAAUGGUCGGUGAUUAUCAGUUUCUUUGCGGUGUUAACGACUUCGCCGAAACAUAUGCCGGCACCGGCAACGGUGUCUUCAUGUACCACUUCCGGCAGCGCUCUGCCGCGUCACCGUGGCCCAAGUGGAUGGGUGUGCUGCACGGUGACGAAAUCUCCUUUGUCUUCGGAGAACCGCUCAAUCCCACCAAGAAGUUUUCAGCAGAUGACCGCAAGCUCUCGGUCAAGAUGAUGCGCUACUGGGCCAACUUUGCCAAAACUGGGAACCCGAACCGGGGCUCGGCCAACUUAUGGACGACCGACUACUGGCCCCAGUACAAGGCGUACGACAAAAAGUACCUCACGCUGGCGUCCAACUCGUCAGAGGUGGGCGUCGGUCUGCGGUUACGGCAGUGCGCCUUCUGGAACAAACACCUGCCCGAGAUCCACAGGGCGACAGUUAAAAACCCCGAGGACGACCAGCCCAUCACCUGCGCGAUAGCGUCUAGCGGCGACCGACCCGGCCCUGUCAUCGCAACUGCCGUGACCGGCUGUCUGCUGCUGCCGCUGAUCCCUGGCCUGCGCUGGUGAGCUGCUUCUACAGGCUUUUAGAGCUCAGAAAACAGCCACAGGCGCCGUGUGCUGGAAGUCACGCUGCGAGGCCUCUGCCGCGGGCUGAGGGGCGGAGUGGGCAGCCCGUGACCAGCCAAGAAUCUCUCAGCAGCCCGCUGACGCCCAGAGACUGAGCGAGGAAACUCGCGGGAGGACUACACAGGGCCCAUGUCCGCCAGUGUGUGCUGGUGUAUCAGACAGAGACAUUCGAACAUGUGUCGGACAGAGUUCAGAGAUGUGUCGGACAGUCAGUCCGCACACUGUCCAAAGGUAGCUGAGUUCAGCUCGGCGUCGGACCGCUGCCAGUCCGACCGACUAUACCUACUUCAUUGAAACAGAGUGUCUUCACUAUAACAUAUCAUCAUUGUCCGUGUCGCCCGUGGUGAAUGUCUGUGUGUGUUUGUGUGUCUGUCAGCAGCUCACGUAGUUCGUUACGAGAGAGCUGGCAGUGCUCGACGGCUCGAGCUGGGCUCUCUGGGCGCAGUGAGCGGUCCAAGCCUGACGAAGCUCGGUCUGGGGCGUCUCGGAGGGACGCAGAGGGACCCGGACACGCCCUCUCGGGUGUAAUCAGAGCGUGCUCCGGACGCUGACGGUGGGGGCGGUGUCUCAUCUCUCAUCGUUGCCCGGCGGCCAUGACGCUGUCCGGGGUCUCUGUGUGUCUGUCUGUGUGUGGUCCAAAUGGUCCGACAGCGCGCUGUGCGGUCGCGUCCCUCGCACCGCCCUGAUUCCGAGCCGUGCAGCGCUGGCCGGAAUGGCCGGGGCAACAUGAUACGUCACAGAUCACACCGCUGUAUAUAGCGAGAAUUACCUCUACUGGCUCAGCUUGUAGCUGGUGGCUGAGACUGCUGCUUCUGUCGUCAGUUGUUGGCAAGGAAACCAGCUUCACAUCAGCAAAAGUCUAUCAGCACUUGAAGCUGGGACCUUAUACGCUAGCCGGACAAAACUAUCCAGCUGGGAGUGCCGGGGAAGGUUGAGCACCAACCGGGUCCCAACGCCCAUCCAGCCCGGUGUCAGUAAGAAGUGUGUUCUCUAUGUGGAUUAUCAUGCUGCCAGCUCUCUACCCGGCCACGGCCUUGUAUAAACGUCAUUUACAUGUGUAAACUGUAAAAAGUGGCUGACAUCUAUCAGCUUCGAUAGAUGAACUCAUGUUUGAUGGCGAAGUGACGUUUCACGUUCCACGCCAUUCAUGCAACAUAUCAAUUUGAGAACGUAUAAUGCAAAUGGUGCUCUGCACAGACAAUCUCAACAUAUCAUUUUAACAAUACUCUUUCGAUAAUAUCUUUGUACACGCCUGUUCAGAUUGUGUGUACAUAGAAUGGCCAUAUUUGGCGCCGAUAUGUGUCGUUCGUCCUUUUGUGAUGGCCUCAUUCCUCUCGAUAUAGCUAUGAUAGUGAAAGACUUAGGCCGCUUUGGUAGGUUUGCAGUCGAGAAUAGUGAACUUGUUGGGCAAGAUGGCGUAGUGACGCAGCACAGAUGAGUACUUAGGUUUGAGACAACUUAGGUUUUGAGUCGAUCCGUUCACGUUUUAGAUCCCAAUAUUUUAAUGUACUCCAAUGGUGUCCUGUUGAUGGGUUCUGUCCUGUCGAAUGUCGAUGGGUACCGAUAUCCCUAGCGCUAGCCCCGUACACUAUUGGGAUGUCUCUUCAGCAGCGUUCCAGCUAAAAAGGCAAACGGGUGCCGUAGCUGCACGCCUGCCAGCACAGCUGGCAGGCCUCGUUUACAGCGAUACUCCAUGUGGCUCAAUUUAUUAUCAACACACAGCGCCUUUCAAUUUCUAUUGUAUACCUUGUGAUUCAAGCUGGUUAAUGACAAUCAUUAUCUUAUAACGCAUGCACAUCUGCUGGAAAAUGUAUUAAUUGCUCUUUUAUUUGGUAUCCAUUUUUAAGACAAUCAUCUUGGGCUUUGAAAGCUUUUACGUGAUAAAUAUAAAAUCAAACUUCUUUCCAUUGAGAUACAUCUACUUAGGAAGGAAUCGCAGCAAACAGUGUGAGCGAGCGGGUGGAUUUGUCAGUAUUUUUGGAUAAAUGUCUUGUUUCUUGAUCGUUAUACUUUUGCUAAAGGGUUAAACUUCCUGCAGCAUGCAUGUCCUAGUGACCGAAAUUGCAACCAUAUUAGAUGUUACACCUUUCAAUUGUCUCAGCAAACAUAUCUGAAAUGACAUGCGUUAGCCAUCGACUCUCCUUACCGAGUGUGCUGCUAUUGCGGCUUGGCUGCAUUAACUCUGAAAGUAAUAACAGCUAAAGCCUACGUAUAUGUAUAAUUGAGAUUUACGCUUAUCACAUCAAUACUUAAUUAGGUGCAUCAUUAUGGGUCGUAGCUUCCUUUAUCUUGUGGCUUCUUUGAUGUUUUAAAUAUUGAACGCUGCAAUCCUAUGAAACAUUAGACGUAAACAAUUAAUGUGUGCAAAUAUAUGCAGAUCCAUUCCUAAUUAAUAUUCAAAAAAAUAUCUUACUAGGCCGAUAUGAGCUUGUCCGGUGUCCACUGCUGUUAUGGACAGAUGUAAGAAUAUAGGUAUCUUUUGAAACCAGCGUUAUCUUUGUUUACGUUGCAGUAUAAACGUAUCUAUAAAUAUACCUACUAAUUACCCAAACAUAUCCAAAUGUGACUGAAUGUUUAUCCUGCUCCUAUGGAUGCCAAAUGUGUAAAAACUUUAACUAAUUAACUGUACCUUAAUUAAGAUAAAAGGAUUAAACAGUAAAAGAGGGAAUAUUAUUUUUAUAUGCACCUCUUGGAAGUAAAGCUACCCUAUAAGGCCAAGUUUUUCGUUCUGACAUCGUGUUUUGUCAUACGUAUACCUACA